AGAAGAAAGGUGCAUCACUUUACCUUCACUCACAGUUUCCUCAUCAAUGGCGGUUGCUUAUUCUUCUUCUCACCUUCAACUUCAACCACUGUCUUUCACCAAAACCCUAAAUCGUUCUUCGAACUCGAUCACACCCAAAACCCUAGUUUCCUUCAAACCCAAUUCAAAAACUCUUGGUAUCCGAGCAAUCAUAUCUCAAACACCUCCAGAAACCCAGAAAUUUGAGCAUUGUUUCACCAAAAAAGAUGAUGGGUAUUUGUACUGCGAGAAUCUUAAGGUUCAAGAAGUCAUGGAGGCCGUUGAAAGGAGGCCAUUUUAUCUUUACAGUAAGCCUCAGAUAACUAGAAAUGUGGAGGCUUAUAAGGAUGCUUUGGAGGGAUUGAAUUCGGUUAUUGGGUAUGCAAUUAAGGCCAAUAAUAACUUCAUGAUUUUACAGCAUUUGAGAAGUUUAGGUUGUGGGGCUGUUUUGGUUAGUGGCAAUGAGCUCAGAUUGGCUCUUCGUGCUGGUUUUGAUCCCACCAGGUGUAUUUUUAAUGGAAAUGGGAAGCUUUUGGAGGAUCUUGUUCUUGCUGCUCAAGAAGGUGUCUUUGUUAAUAUAGACAGUGAAUUUGAUCUGGAUAAUAUUGUAUCAGCUGCAAGAAUUGCUGGAAAGAAGGUCAAUGUACUGCUUCGAAUCAAUCCGGAUGUUGACCCUCAGGUCCAUCCUUAUGUUGCAACCGGGAACAAGAACUCCAAAUUUGGUAUUAGAAACGAGAAGUUGCAAUGGUUUCUAGAUGCCGUUAAGUCGUACCCUGAUGAACUUAAGCUAGUUGGAGCUCAUUGUCAUCUUGGAUCCACCAUUACCAAGGUUGACAUCUUCAGGGAUGCUGCAGCCAUUAUGGUGAAGUUCAUUGACGAAAUUCGAGCCCAAGGGUUUGACAUUAAUUACUUGAACAUCGGAGGUGGUCUUGGGAUCGAUUAUUAUCAUAAGGGCACCGUACUUCCUACACCCAGAGAUCUGAUUGACACAGUCCGGGAGCUGGUCUUGUCUCGAAACCUUAAUCUCAUUAUUGAACCCGGGAGGUCACUGAUUGCGAAUACUUGCUGCUUUGUUAAUCGUGUCACUGGUGUAAAAACAAACGGCACGAAAAACUUUAUUGUGAUCGAUGGCAGCAUGGCUGAACUUAUCCGUCCUAGCCUAUACGAUGCUUAUCAACACAUAGAAUUGGUUUCUCCUCCACCUCCCGAUUCUGCGGUUUCGACUUUUGAUGUCGUGGGCCCGGUCUGCGAGUCGGCCGAUUUUUUGGGGAAAAACAGGGAACUUCCCGCUCCAGCCAGGGAUUCUGGGCUUGUAGUUCAUGAUGCCGGUGCCUACUGCAUGAGCAUGGCUUCAACUUACAACCUUAAGAUGCGCCCACCGGAAUACUGGGUUGAAGAAGAUGGAUCAGUAGCCAAAAUCAGGCAUGGGGAGACUUUUGAAGAUCAUAUGAGAUACUUUGAGGGACUCUCACUCUAACUUCAUUUGCACUUUCUGCUUCUAUCUUCCUAUUUCUAGAUUUCUUUAAUCUCUGUUUCCUUUUCUAAAACUUAAAUUGCAUUAUCUGCAACGUAUUGGCUCGAUUAACUCUAAAUCAACUUUAAAAUCAUGAUGAAA